CGAGACGAAACAUCGAUAUGAUCAAACAAGAUGAAGGAUCAAGCGGGACACCAAAUCGAGAUGAAUCUGUGACAGUUCUUGCAUUGCCACCGAGACCUCAAGAAGCAAAAGAAGUAACCGGAGGGGUGGUGCAGAACCACAAUGAGAAUGAGGCUGGCAAGAGGCAUGGAGAGGAAUCGAAAGAGAGCCACCAUAACUGCAUCAUUGAUAUAAAAAGCAGUGGUGAGUCAGUGGAUGGUGAAGAUUCUAGUGAAGAAAAAGUUUGCAGGAUAUGCCAUUUGAGUUCUGAACAUCAGUCAAUAGCUUCAGAUCUCAUACAACUCGGAUGUCGCUGCAAAGAUGAGCUCGGAAUUUCCCACCGUGACUGUGCUGAGAUUUGGUUUAUGCAUAGAGGCAACAGACAGUGUGAAAUCUGUGGUCAGACUGCAACAAACGUAAGGGGAAUCAGGAGCGGCGGUUUCAUGAUACAGCGGAAUGAAAGGAGGUUGGUAGCAAGCUCAACAGUCUCCACAGUGUCCUUGGACAGCGACGAUUCACUAUCAUGUUGCUGGGGGCAGCGCUUCUGUAAUUUCUUAUUAACAUGCACAGUUCUAGCCUUCCUCCUCCCAUGGUUCUUUCGUCUAGAUUUCUUUGGAUGAUGAGUGAUGACUUUUCUCGGACAUCCCAUCAUCAAAUAAACCAGAAAUGAAGUGCCUGACCCAUGCUACUGAGGACCUGGGAAUAAGGAAAAACAACAGUUUCACACGGAGGAAUUGACAGAUAUAUAUGUAGUUCUCGCAUACUGUCUCUAAAUAAAUCAGCAGAAGAGAGAUCAAAGCCAAACAAACUAGUUCUAUAGAAAAGUAUAAAUGAGAAACGACAUUCAGAACCAUACAGGCCUGAAUGACAUGUAAUAUUCAUUUUUCACUAGAAAAUUUCACAAAUGCAAUCUUUACAGGUUGGUGGCUGACAUGA